AUGUGGCCCGACACUCUCUACUGGAUUUUCAUUGGAAUCAUUGAUAUUCUUGCAAUUAUCCUCAACGCUAUUCUCAUUUAUUUCGCAUUGUAUCGUACUCCUAAAAUGGUUAGAGUCUACACAACCUUGAUUAUCAAUUUAGCUUUCACUGAUUGCUGUUCUGCCUUUCUGAACUUUUUCGUGCAACAAAGAAUGAUUCCGUCUGGUUUCACAAUAGGAUACAUUUCAAACGGAUGGUGUAAACUGAUUGGAUAUCGGUUCUGCUUUUUAAGUCACAACUUGAUGGCUCAUUUCAUUGUUCACUCCAACUACUCACUGGUUUUAUCAUUUGCAUAUCGAUACUACAUUCUUCGAAAACCAGAACCCCGAAGGAAAACUCUUCUCAUUGUUCUGUUUUUCACAUACCUUCCAUCGUUUCUUCAAUUGGUUUUGUAUCAAUUCGCGGAAUCGGAUCCGUCGGAAAUAGUUCGCCUACUCCAACCUUAUCAUCCUACAUACAAUUUCACUGGAUUAACAGUUAGUGGCGUUGCAGAUAUCAGAAGUGUUUAUGCUCUCUAUAAGAUUCUUCAAAUGACUGUUAUGACAGUUCCCAUAUUUUCUACCAUUCUUUUUUUACGGAAUAAAAUAAUCAACCGACUCUUAUAUCGAGGUAUCAAUAUUUCAAUCAAUACGAAAAGUCUUCAUUCUCAACUACUAAUGGCUUUGACUUAUCAAGCUCUUCUCCCAACACUUUAUUCUAUCAACGUAUUGAUGUACGUUCUCGAACAAUUCGGAGUUUAUUCAACUGCUUUUUUCGAGAAUUUCCUAAUGUCUGGAUUAGUUCUCAUUCCAUUUUUCUCGCCGUUCACUUCAUUUUUCUUUUUCACUCCGUACAAAAGAAUUCUUUUGGGAAUGGUACUCAAGAAAAUUGACAAACGACCAGCAGCCACUUCAGAAACUGGUCCAGGGUCUUUUCCUAUCUAA